GUACCCUCCCCCCCUGGACCAAACGUCGCUUCCCCUCCUCAGUAUCAUCUGUAAAUUUACCCCGGAUUUCUCGAACUGUCCAAUUUUUCGAACCACAAUAAUUUUCGUUUCCCUUGGAGGUUCGAAAAAUCGGGAUUCCACUCUAUUGUUUCAUGACCAAUCAGAGGAUUGAACAUUAGAACAAUAUGGGAUCGAUGGGGAGGCAGCAGUUUGUACCAAAUUCAUUUCAAUUUAUAUUUGAGCAAUAGAGCACUAUUUCAAUGUUUACUCUGAACCUCAUCUAAACAGGAAGAGUGUUCAGUUAUGCAAACCCAAGAUUUAAAACGUCACAGUCGUGUUCACAUAUAAUAUCAUCAUCUAAACACGCCUAUCGACCAAUGAGACCGCGCGUAGUAUUUCUGCUAUUUUAUAAACAUGUAUACCUGGGGUUUAUAGAUGGCUAGUCCAGAAUAAAACAGGAUUUUCAAUUCCUUGGUCCAAAUACUCGCGACAAACGAACUACGUUUUUUUGACAUUCGACAGUCUCUCAGGAUGAGGUCAAAGAUUGCGUGACGAGCUAUACGGUAAGUCGAGACUUGUCAGAACCUGAGAAACUUCUCUGGUCUCUCUGAGAGUGAAGUUCGGGAAGGUUGCUGGCAAGCUGUUCGUCAUUUUCUGUGUUCUUCGAUUUUCGUUCACAGAGUCUGCGAGGGAAGGCUCUAUGGUUGUGGAAAGGGCAUAUCAUAUCAUAUAGAACGCUUUACCUUGUUUCAGAGAAGAAGGAUUCAACAUGGCAGCCAAUGGACCCAUUAGGAAAAAGAUGGUCAUUGUAGGUGAUAGUUCCUGUGGAAAAACCUGCCUUUACUACAUGUUCGUCACAGAUCGAUUCCCUGUGGAGUAUGUGCCAAGAGUCUUUGAUGGGGGUUAUGUUGGUGCUAUCAAAGUUGAUGACAAGACAGUAGAGCUAGCAUUCUGGGAUACUAUAGGAGAUGAACAAUAUGACAGGCUACGACCUGUGUCCUAUCAGUUCACUGAUGUUAUUCUGAUGUGCUUCUCCAUUGAUAGUCCUGACAGUUUAGCUAACGUCCUUAAAAAAUGGGCUCCCGAAGUCAGGCAUUUCUGCCCAGAUAUACCAAUCAUUUUGGUUGGUAACAAGAAAGAUCUAAGAAAUGACGAAAACACAAAGACAGAGUUAUCAAAGAUGAAACAAGAGCUUGUUAAAAGCGGAGAUGGAUCUUUAAUGUGUGAAAGAAUCAAGGCCUAUACUUACCUGGAAUGUUCUGCUAAAACAAAAGAGGGAGUUAGAGAUGUGUUCACAACGGCUGUGAGAGCUGCACUGAUGACGAACGAAAGGCGAAAUAAACGAAAUUGUUGCAUAGUGUAAAAUUAGUAUUACGUUUGGACAUGUCGUAGGAAACUCCACUGGAGAUGUUUGACCUGCUAAAGUAACAUAGGAUUUGCAAAACCUGACCCCCC